GCAGAUGUUUCCUAGAAAGAAAACAGUCAGACCAAGAAAGAAUGACUGCACCCAGGAUCUGGCGAGCAGCAGCAACUGCGAGAUUGAUAUACAGUUUUAUACAAAGGGACCUCACCAGAAGGUUUUUGCCUGCUGCUUGUGCCUUCCAUACCACUUCAGUUGAGCAGGAUUCCAACAGAACGUCGAUAGUGCGCUGUGGAAGGCAGAGUUAUGGGAGAAUGUACCCAGUCCUUCUGGUAAGACCAGAUGGCUCCACUAUCACCAUCAGAUACAAGGAGCCCAGAAGAGUUCUGAUGAUGCCAGUGGAUAUCUCCACGCUGUCGGAGGCGGAGAGGAAAGCCAGACUGCGCAAGAGAGAUCCGAAGAGGGGGGCAGCCAAACGAGGGCAGGAUGAGUUUGAGGAUGACUUCAGAGUAGACGAUUACAGCAAGUUCUGGAAGAAGAAGUAGUAAUGAACUGUUUGAGCAGCAUAGGGACCACUUCAAGCUGUACGCAACUGCUGGUUGAAAGUUAUUAAAUUAUCUUAAUUUCAGUGCUGUCGAAGUCUUCCUAUAUUUGUAGCAAGUGCCACUUGCGUCAUUUAUAUAUAAGCAGUGUUUUUCAAUUUUCUGAUGCUGAUGACCCCUUUUAAUUCUUGGUUUGAGUUAAAAAUAAAUUAAUUUGUAGUUGG